ACCUUGAUUCACACUGCAGCCGCACACAGAACAGCUCAGCGGUUUUAUCACCAAACCAGGGCGAAAAUGACAAAGCGAUGGUGCACAGUGAUUGUUUUAAAAAGCGCCAGUGAUCCGGUCAGUCGUCGUGAAAUGCGGCUGUUUUCGACCAGCAGAUAGCAUCAGUAAUAACCAGUAAUGAGCUUUUACCUUCAUGCUUAUCAUUUUCCAGAGGCGGUGCCGCAUUUUAGAAACGCUCGUAAAACUCUUUCAGUUGCUGUGUCUCAAAAAGCGAGACUGACAAAAGCAAAGUAUCAAAAACUAGCAUUUUCAAGUGGUCAAAGGCGACAAAGGCAACAUUUCAGUGGUGUUGCGGGGCUGACGUACCCCGCCAUCAACUCAUCAGAUAAGAACGCUGCUCUGCGGCUCCUUCAACAGAGCCGGUGACCUUCAGGUUAGAGACAAAAACCUGUUUUCUGAAUCAGAUUCCGGUCAGCUUUGUCUGAACAAACAUUUCUGCUAUUCAGACUUAGAUUGCAGGGGAGAAUAAAAAACAAGAAAGGACGCCUGGUGCUUCUUUUCCAGGACGCAGAAUGGGAUGAAACUGUAUGUACAGUUGCCAAGGAGACAGCAGGCAGAGGGGUAGUUACAGGCUGUUAACCCACACGCCCUGUGUUUUCAUUCACACUGCUUCUCUGCUUCGUCCUCAGGAAUCACUUCAGGAGACGCUGCCACAGACGCAACACAGCUCGCUGGAGCCUGUGCUGAGGAAUUAUCUGCUGUCAGGACCUGUCCGGGACGCCGCCGCGCCAACAGGGACCGGAGGCUGGACGGGGGGGCUGAGCCAUGCUGUCCGCCGCCAUUCAGAUCUUGGCGUUUGCCCUGGCACUCUUGGGUGUCCUCGGCGCCACCGUGGCCACUUUGCUGCCCAACUGGAAGGUGAGCGUCAACGUCUGGUCCAGCGUCAUGACCCCCAUCUCACAGAUGCAGGGUCUGUGGAUGGACUGUGUCUGGUACAGCUCCGGCGUCUUCAGCUGCACCAUGAAGAACUCGGUUUUGUCACUGCCGGCGCAUCUGCAGACCAUGCGGGCCGCCAUGGUUCUGUCCUGCAUGGUGGCAUCCUUUGGACUCUGCCUCGCCUCCCUGGGGCUCAAAUGUACCCGCUGGGGAGGAAGCCACCGAGCAAAGGGGCACACGGCCAUCGCUGCAGGGGGCUGCUUCGUCCUGGCCAGCCUCCUUUGCCUGGUCCCUGCGUCUUGGUUCACCAACGAAGUCAUCACCGCCUUCCUGACCACAGACCUGCCGGACAGCAGCAAAUAUCAGCCUGGUGGAGCUCUGUGUGUGACAUUCAUCUCUGCUGGCUUCCUCCUGGCUGGAGGAGUCAUUUUUUGCCUUUCCUGUCCCGGAAAAAGAUCGAGACGGCCGGACUACGCUUCCCCCACCGACCCUGACAGACUUGUGCCAUACCGAGACGAGCAGCGGAGGCGAGAGCAGCAAGCCGAGCCGCCGAAAACCAGGCAACACAAAUGCGUCCAACUGCAGAUGGACGAGGUGAAGCAGGAAAAAGGUAAAGUGGAUCAGGAGCAGAAGCUCUACUCGUCUCCCUCCAAACUCCCCCAAAAAGACAUCAAGGACAGCUACAGCCUCCAGGAGUAUGUUUAACCCUCGUGGCUGAGUGGUGAAAUGUGGAGCUGAGGCUCUGUGGCUCAUGGGGAGGGGGAGGUGGUCUGGGGGAGGUGUGUAAGAGAGGGAAUAAUUACCAAAUGUUGGAAAUGACAGAUUGUGAAUUCAGAAGGAAAGAACAGGGACUCUGUGAGGGGAAAUAAACUGCAGAGGCACUGAACACAGAAAAUCUUUUGAAAAAAACUGCUGCAGCAUAUACCAAAGGUCUGAAAGCAAAAAACACUGAACCUGCUGAUACAGAGAAAAGACAUAUCUGAGCUCUGACUGAGAUCGAAAAGCCAUCAUUUUCCUGCUGUGGAUGCUGUCUACCUUAUAACAGGGCUGGACCAAAGCUUUCUGUGGCCCUGAGCUGGAUCUGAACUCGCUUCAACUUGACAGCUUUGCAGUUAAGUUACAGUUCUGUUCAAAGAGAAAUGCUGUUUAGGUGCUUUUUAUGUGAUGUACACAUUUAAAAAAACACACAAAAGAAACAGAGUGUAUUGUUUAAGAUGCAAUCUCCGGUUUUGCUGUGUGUUCUCAAUCAAUCAAGAAGAGUUUAUAUAAGAUUUUUCACAGAAUUCAAAUGCAGUUCAAAGUGCCUGACAAAACAGACUUCUAAAAAAAGAUUUAUAGACUAAUAUGCUCCAAAACAACUUAAUAAAAUUAGAUAUUUGAUGGAAAGAUAAUAAAAAAAGCAAAUAAGAAUUAUAGUAAAAAAUAAACUUGUGAAUUGUUACACUAAAUAAAUCAAUUAUACUAAAACAGGAAAAUUAAAAUAAAGCACAAUGCCAAAAUAAUAAUGAUGUGAGUAGAAUCCUGAAUAUAACUUGUUUUCAUCUAACAAGCUAAUAUUUGCUAAUUAGCUCUAAACACCACAUGCAGCUGAGUUUAACGGAGAUAUCAUUGGUUUGGCAGGUAUUUGUACUUUAUGUUCAUCAUCUAAAGUCAUGGAAACCUUUAACAUUUGACCUACCAGAUAAUAAAAUAGGUCAGAAAAUCACUAAAGUCAGGAGGCUUCGUUCUCUGGACACUAGGGCUGGACCCGAAUAUCCCGAAUAUCCGAAUAUUCGUUCGCUACGGCACAAUCCGGAUAUUAAUUUUGGUAUCCGAAUAAUAUCAUCAUCUUAAGAGAAAAUCAUUCAAAGGACUUCUGAAUUAUCAUUUUAUGAGGGAAACUGUUGUAAUCCAAAAUGACUGCAUGAAAUGUUACGUUUAUUUUAUUAUUCUUGUUAAUCACAUUAACGGGUUUCUAAAAUGACUCAUCAAAUAUUUUACAAAGGGCUAAGUUUUGUAAUAGUGCAGCCGAAAACAUUGACGGGCUCCAAUUCUGCAAACAGAAUGUAAGCAUGCACACAGCAUGCUCAGUGCCAAAAGUAUCAAAUAUAGUGUAUAGAAAUGAUGCUGUGAACACAAAAUUACUUAACAGACAUCAACUUUAAAAGAUGCUCUGUAACAUUUCUAUGUUUUCUGUCUAAUUUCCUCAAAAGUCUAAGGAAUAAUUUCCAAAUAGUUUGCUGCUAUUUCACUGUAAACUAGAAGAGAAAGUCGCCAUACACCUUCUUCAGUCAAUAUUCAUUUACUUACUACUUUUCCUUUUUUCCGUAGUUAAGAUGCAGUGGAUAAACUGGUCCAAUAAACUGGUGAUCAACAUAUCAAGCUCACUCAAGAAUGUAAGACUUCAGCCACUCAGCAGCUGUGUCUCCAAACAGAGCAAGAACAAAGACUUGGUGUGGCUCAUUUUUUGGCUUAAGAUUGAACAAAGUCUUAGUUCACCAUCUUUUUGUUUUCUUAAAAACUCAAGUACAAUGAGCAGGUUUGACUCUAAAACUUCUUCUCUUUCUACUAAAGCUAAUUUUUAGUAACUUAAAAUUAAACUUUCUGGCAAACAUGAGACCUGUAAGAUAAAUUACUGUUGAUUUUUGAUACAGAGAGAAUACAAUGACAAAACCGCAGAAUGUAUCUUAAAUUAUGCCUGAUUCUGACUCCUACGUUGGGCCCCCUGCUGGCCGGAGGUCCUCCAUCAUGUCUGCUUUAGGCCGACUGAACUCAGCUGUGAUUUCUGUGCAUGUUGUCAGUGCUUUUACAUGCUGCUUACGGCUUACCUGUAGUGAAAGCUGCUAUUGUUGAGACUGCGCCUGAAGCAAUAAAGACAUUGUCGAGCUUCAUAAAUUCUGUGUGGUCGCCGAUUUCAACAAAUCCCGAUCCAAAAGCAUCAAAAGAACGCCAUCCACGCCGUCUUUUCCCAGCGGUUUGGGGGGGAGGCGGGAGGUGCAGAGCAGCGUGGAGAGAGGUAAUGAUGCUCUUUGCUUUCCCAUUAUCCUCUCACCACGGUUGGAUGCACACUGCACACACACACCUCCUCCACCACCCUGGUUCAGCUGUAUGAAAAGGACACGCAAUCAUUUUCAAAGAUGUAACUUAGAGUCUAUUGGAGACUCCACAGCAUUGUGUACGUCUGGUUGGCCAAGUGUCCUUUAACCUGACUGAGCUGUCAAUCACACCAGCCACCAAGGAGAAGAGAAGGCUGAACUGAACGCCCACACUGCCUGCCUCUACGGAAAAGCUUCAAACCUGCAAAAAAAAAAGGAGGUAGACGAAAAAACAGAGUCGAUUCGUCAGCGCUGCCAAACCUGACAGCGAUUCAUUCGUGUACGGGACACAUUGAAGCAAACAUGAAACUCGGGCAGCUACCAAACAAAUGUGUAAAAUUAAAGCCUGCUCUGAGGUAAAAAAAAAAAAAAAAGGCACCAAUGCUAUAAUUUAUGUGCUCCUGCUGUCAUUUCUACAUCAUCUGAAAACAUAUUUGCUUUGAUAUAUGAACAAUUUGGACUGAGGUUUGAAACACACUGAGGUCCUUCCGUCUGUCAGAUAUGCAGCUGCUUCAUGUAAUAUUUAAUUUGCUGCAGAUUUGAAUCUGUUUUACAAAAGUUACACAAAAAUAUCCUGUGAUUUACAUUUAUAUUUUUAUUUAUCUAGCCACCUUUUCGCGUCUGUGGCUGCCUGCGUCUGAAUAAAAUGACAACAAAUAAUGUUGGGUAGAAGUGGGUGAAAAAGGUUCUGUGCCUUUACAUUGAUCUGUUUGAAAAAGUAGGAAACCACAUUAAAUGUCCGCUAAUAGUGA